CAACCACAUACCUGCCACCAUACAAGAAAACGAUACAGCAAGGCUCUAGGUACAAUAUAGGCCUACGAAAGAGCGACAACAAAAAACACAACUGAAAAAGCACAAGCAAAGAGCUCAGGAAACAAACCCGCAGCCAUGUCGCGCCAUCAUCCCGAUCUCGUAAUGUGCCGCAAGCAACCCGGCAUCUCCCUCGGCCGCCUCUGCGACAAAUGCGAUGGCAAAUGCCCCGUCUGCGACGCCUAUGUCCGCCCCACAACCCUCGUGCGCAUCUGCGACGAGUGCAGCUUCGGCAACUACCAGAACAAGUGCGUCGUGUGUGGCGGGGAGGGAAUCAGUGAUGCGUUCUACUGCUUUGAGUGCACGCGCCUUGAGAGGGAUCGCGAUGGGUGCCCGAAGAUUAUAAAUCUGGGUAGUAGUAGGACGGAUUUGUUCUUUCAGAAAAAACAACAGAGGGUGUUUGGGACGAGGGGGUGAGGCGUUUGGGAGGAUGGUUUACUAUGAAUUUCUGGGGCUGGUGGCGUUCGGGGUUUGGUGUCUGAUGGAUGUGGGUUUGGGAUGGAGAGGGAGAGCAAAGGGAGGAUAGAGGAGGGACGAUUCACAGGAACGCUCAACGAAGGGACGAAGAUAGUCCAACAGGGGCCUAUAGAUUCCGCCGCCAAGUCGUACAGUUUGGUGCAAGUUGGUGCGAGGCAGGUCGUACUGCGUGUGCCUUUGCGCAUAGCAGAUAUUGAAACAAAAUACAGCUUUCAAUUCCCUCAACCGCCCAGGAUCCCACGUGAGCUUUGGCUGUGCACCUCGCCCAAGGGCAUCUGUGCCAUCAUUUCUGUCCGCCUGAGAGCCGCAGCCCAAUAAUUGUCAGGAUAAACGCCAAAAAGUGAGGUGACAUAAUUGGCCUCUCUUUUUUUUACAUUCUCACGGAUAUGACUGCUGCAAUCGAGCUGCGUGCACUGUGCAGCAUGCAGCAACAAAACGCGUCUCUAGCUGCAUUUAUUGGAUUAAGACUACGAGACAUACUGUACCUUAAAACGAGCAGAAAGAAGGAUUAAUAUUGUGUAGAUAGAUAAUAAAUUCAUAUAGUUACCAAGAG